CCAGCCCAAGGUGAGUUAGGUUAAUGCAAAACAAAUUAGUUUAAAGCAAUGCGUGGUUUCGUUGAAACAUUUUUCGGAUUAACUCUCAUUCUAUUCGUUAAAUCUCAAGAUUCUCAACGUUGUAAUUUACGAGAUGGAUCCGUUGGAAAAUGUCAACAUAUCUUAGAAUGUAACUCGGCAAAGAAUGAACUUGAACGGGGAUUUCGACCUGUUUCGUGUGGAUUUUCUGGUCUAUAUCCUAUCGUUUGUUGUGAUCAAAAUAAUGAGGAAACUGUUCAAGGACGAACUUUGAAUGGAAAAAGCGAAGAAAAAUGUCAAGAAUAUUUAAAAUUGGACAUCAAAACUACGAUAACAACCACGACCACAACACCAAGAAGUUUAACUCAAGGUUCUCCUUUUGUCGUUGGAGGUGUAAAUGUUUAUUUUGAAGAAUACCGCCAUAUGGCUAUUUUGGGAUAUGGUCCAUCAGAAAACAUCGAAUUUAAAUGCGGUGGGAGCUUAAUCAGCGAUCAAUUCAUCUUAACAGCAGCUCAUUGUUUAGAAUCACGAGAUUUUGGACCAGUUUCCCUAGUAAGAUUAGGCGAUUUAGACGUAGCUUCAACAACCGAAUUUUCGGAACCUCAAAACUUUAAAGUUAAAGAAGUUUUCACUCCCCCCGAGUACGAUUUCGAAUCUUUUUACCACGACAUAGCUUUAAUUAAAUUAGAUCGUCCGGCUGUUUACACGAAAUACGUAAAACCUGCUUGUUUACAAUCAAAAUUUGAUUUAGAUCAUAACAAUUUAACAAUAACUGGAUGGGGAGCUACAGAUUACGGCAGUGGAUUGCAUAGUUUUCUUCAAACGGCUAAUUUAUACAAUUUACCGACGAAAGAUUGCGUGAGAAGUUAUCGUCCACAAUCUAGAUUGGCGAAUGGUUUCGAUGAAGAGUUGCAAUUAUGCGGAGGAGAUCCUAAUUCGAGGGUAGAUGCAUGUCAAGGUGAUUCUGGUGGACCAAUUCAAAUGCAAAUUCAACGAAUACCGCAAAUGUAUAGAAUUGUUGGGGUUACAUCGUUUGGAAAUAAUUGCGGAUUAGUUCCUGGAGUUUAUACAAGAGUUUCCAAAUAUAUUUCUUGGAUUGAAUCAAUAGUUUGGCCUAAUUAAAUAAUGUGAUUAUUAAUAAUAAAAUUUAUUGUAUGAAACCACGAAACUUGAAGUGGUAUUUUUAUAAGAUAAAUGUAACCGA